CGCUGCUCCUGUUGCACACCACGCAGGUCACUCCCACCAUGGCGACCUCCUCCCCUAUUCUGCAGCAGCUGGGCUGCUUCCGGUCGCUCCUCAGACCCCAGCCCCUAACGCAGCACAGCAACCACCUCGGUCGUCGCGCCCUCAGCACCGUCUAUUCCGCGAAGCCUGAGCCGCAGCCUCUGCCGGCCAAUUUGCCGGAGCAAUUUCUGCGACAAUUGCCGUUGCGGAUGAGGCCGGAUUUGGAACGCAAAGCCCGCAAAAUCCCUCCCCCGCCACCAGCCCCCCAAUGCAAGGACCCCAUCGGCGCCGUACAAGAAGCCCAAUUGGCGCAAUUGGAUCCCACCGGCGAGCGGAUGGCUUUGUUCGAUUACCGACGGAACCCGCGCAGUGUCAAGGUGGGCGAUAUUCUCCGGGUGACGUUCAAGAACGGGGACCCGUUCUCCGGGGUGUGUUUGAGUAUUCGGCUCCGGGGCAUCGAUACGUCGUUUUUGUUGCGGAAUCAGUUGACGCGGGUGGGGGUCGAGAUGGCGGUUAAGGUGUUUAGUCCGAAUGUGGAGAGCGUGGAGAUUGUGCAGAGGACGGAGAAGAGGAAGAGGAGGGCUCGGUUGUAUUAUAUGAGAAAGCCCAAGCACGACAUGGGCAGCGUCGAGAACCUCGUGGCCAACUACCUCCGCCAGAAGAGAUCGAUUGCCGGCAAGAAGGCGGGCGGGGCGGCGAAGAGACGGUAGAUUUUGCAUCUCGGCGAUGGUCUUGGGUGAAUGUAUUAUUACUAGCAUGUAUAUUUGAUUGUUUGGGUUGUUUUUGGGUACUGAAUGAGAGUAGUUAUACCCUUGUCUGGGGGCCAACCGAUUGCAGCGUACACACCUCAACCCUACUAUGCUUACUCCAACCACACCCUCGCCCAUCCGACUCAGAUCAACCCAACUCAACUGAAGAAUUAAGAAACACCGCAGAUGUACAUUAACCCCCACGACCCUCUCGACCUUCCCCUCUUCAAAUCCCAAGGAUCCUAUUAUAGGAAGACAAAUACUGGUUGUCAUUGUUCGGGGAAGGCAUGUUUGUGCGGAGGGGUGGGCGAGUACAGUGUUUCUGAUGCAGAUUGAGUAGAUACAUUU